AUGGUCUAGAAUAGUCUAGAUUUACGUUUUAAAAAAUACCCAAUCUGGCACAUUUAAAUUCGUCAGAUGUCGAAAAACCUGAGUAUAGUUUCAUGACACACCGUUACAAACAAUAAAGUUUAAAAAAGUUUAGACCUAGGCUAUCGAUAUCAAAUAGAAAGAAAAGUAGACUCUUCUAGAUAAUCUAGAUGUUAUUUAUUUACUGUCCUAGAUCUAUCUGCUUAUAAAAAGCUAAGGACUAAUCAACGUUAGGAGAGAUUAAUAUUUUGGUAUUUAUUUUUUAUUCUAUUUAUCUAUAACACUAUUGGUUGCCAGGCAACCAACUCUAGCUUCAUUUUUUUUUUUUGGAGGGGGGGAUCUACAAUUAUCCAAUUAUCUAUUAAGACUAUACUAUUAGGUUAGGCUUUAUACAACUUUAUAAUUUAUUCUUACUGAAUUAGAUCUAGCUAAGACAGAUUCUCUAAGUUUAUGAUACUUUGAAAUUGAUAGCCGCAUCAGAAGGCCUAUAUGUAGCCGCAUCAGAAGGCCUAUAUGUAUAUCUAUAUUAUAUCUAGUCUAAGGACUAGAUUGGCAUUCGAACACGCGUAGGAAGUAAUCAUCUUUUUUGAAGUAACGUCUGUUUUUCAUGAUGAUAAGGUAGAAGCCUAAUUACGUAGACAAAACUUUCAUCUGCAAUCAGAUCCACAGCCAACACAAGCAUGAACCAAGUUCAAGCUAACCAAGUUAGCUAGAUCUAUCUUUUGAUGUAGAGAGGCGAGACACACUUAAAGAGGUUCAGUCUGUGUAAUUCUUUUUUGGAAAUGAAUGUGAUUUUAAAAGGAAUCCUAAAGCAUAACAAGGAAUUGGUGUACAAAAGGAGACUAAUCGAUGACAUUGACAAAAUUACAAAGCAUCAAGUAAAGGCACAAACAGUUUGUAUAAGUUGUAUGGAUUGCAGAGUACUUCCUUCAAAGUUUGUUAACACAGAAGUAGGACAAAUCUACUUUCUACGCAAUGCUGGGAACAUAGUGCCUCACUUUGAUGACUUCAAAGAAGGGAGAAUCAGCUCAGAGGGAGCAGGCUUGGAGCUUGGCUGUGUUACAAAUCAAGUGAAAAAUGUGGUUGUGCUGGGACACUCUGAUUGCAGGGCAGCUCAAGCACUUUUUGAAAUACGUCAUAGCUGUAACCAUGAACAAUAUAUACACACGUCCCCAAUGAAAACAUGGGUGGCCCUUCAUGGAGCUAAGACUAUUGAACAGUUUUGCAAUAUUUACAAUGAUAAGGAUAUUCCUGAAGAUACAUAUUUUAUGAAGCAGCCAAUGAAUUUUACAGUGAAUCUCAAUGGGAAAGACAUUCAGACUAUAUUAGACCCAUGUAAUAAGUUUAAUAUUAAAGACAAAUUCUCUAUGUUACACUGCCUACAACAAGCUAGUCAUGUGCAGACCUAUCCUAUGCUCAAGCCAUUUUUAGAUGCUGGUGAUUUUCAAAUACAUGCUCUUUGGUAUGAUGUCUACACUGGGGAUGUAUAUAUGUUCAGCACAUCCCAGAACAAAUUUAUAGAGGUCAAUGAAAAAAACAUUGAUAUAAUGAAUACAGACAUUGCUCCUCUACGGAUCUAGAACAAGAUAUUUAUCCUCUGACAUGAUUAGACGACAUUGCUUUCCUACAAAAAGGAUUAGACAACAUUUAUACUCCUCUAUGGAAUAAUUAGAAAACAUUGCUCCUCUCUGCAUUGAUUAUAAGACGUUGCCUCUUUUAAUGUUGUUUUGAAGACAUGCAUAUUAGUUGAAAGAGUCUAUAAUCAGCAAGGGAACUGAAAAUCAAGUUUUUUAAUGACAUUUUUAACCUAAUGUAUUUAUUGUGUUCAUUUUUUUUACUUUUUAAUUUUGCCACUGAUGUAAAUUUUUAAUCACAGUUUUUAUAGACAGCAAAAAAAUUUAACUAACAAA